CUCUCUCUCUCUCUCUCUCUCACUCUGGGGUAUAAACGAUAAUCCGAUCGAAGAGGAAGUGUGGUUGCGAUAAAUAGAUCAUGAUGCCUCGUGAAUUUGUUCAUGUAAAUGCUCCACCGCCGGCUACCGCCGUGACUGGAGCUGCGACUAUGGCGGCUCUGGCUGACCUCCGGCGCCGGGACGGAGACGAGCCGUCCACUCUUACUACUACUACUACUACUACUACUUCCGCCUCAUCUUCGAUCAUUAUAGUGAUCAUCGUCAUUUCCUCCGCCAUCAUCGUCUCCGCCUCUCUCUACCUCCUCCUCCGCUGUGCCACUCGCUCCUUCCGCCGCCGCGCGUUCUCCGCAGCGAACGAGCACACGUUCUCGCCGUCGUCGUCCUCUUCCGGUGAUUCGCCGCGCGAUCGUUGUAUCCUCGAGCGUCAGAUGACGUCGAAGGAUUUGAUCAACUCUCUGCCUGUGUUCUCCUUCGGUUCAGUCACGAAAAUUGCCGGAGGGGACUGCGCCGUGUGUUUGUCGAAGUUCGAGCCCUACAAUCAGCUCCGAUUACUGCCUCUCUGUUGCCAUGCGUUCCAUGCGGAAUGCAUUGACGCGUGGCUCUCCUCGAACCAGACGUGUCCGUUGUGCAGGUCCACGGUACACCCGACCGAAGAGGAUGUAAUGAACGAAGUCCUUUCAUCCGAAAACCGGAGCGACAGUUUUCGAAUCGAGAUCGGAAGUUUAAGCCAGCGAGGGGAAUCGUCGGAGUCAGGCGACGGCCGAAGGUCUUACUCCAUCGGCUCUUUGGACUACAUUGCGGACGACAAUUACGAGGUGCCGGUGGGUUCCACACACCGGAGAGAAGUCUCUUGUGCUUCCCUUGAGAAAGACUCAACCGCAGCUCCGGCGACGGUUCAGGAAGCUCCGGGAGGGAGCUUAGAAGCCGACGGCACCGGCAGGAGCUGGCUCAGAGACUAUGUGGAUCGGCUAACCUCAAUUUCGUCUGGCACGCUCUCAUUCCGAAGCUCCGGAAGGCAUUUCACCGGUAGCAGUCGCCGGAGCGAGUCCGUGGUCCCAAUCGAGGACUUGGAGACCAACCAGAUGGGAGAAGAGAUCAGCGAGUUGUUCCGGUGGCUAUCGGGGGUAUGACUUGUAAAUUCGACCCUAAACCAGUGCCAAUUCAUACUUCCAUUUGUAUUUGAUUUUCUCACACUGAAAAUCACACUUUCCUCCUUUUUUUUCCUUUUUUGGUUAUUCAGUAUAAUUGCUUCACAUUAAUUUCACUUUUUUUUCCCCCAACUUGUAGCUCCAUCCAUUGAGUCAGUAGUGGGUAAGCAAAAGGAUGGAAUGGUUCAGUUUUCCUUUCGAAUCAUAUACACGUAGCUUCUAAAGUCCAUGGGACCUUCAAUCCAUUGGGAUGUGCAUGUGAGAGUAGUUUUGGUUGGUUAGGUACUUAUAUCUGUGUCAAAGAUUUUAUUUUGUUUUCACAUUUGAUUUCCAU